CGGCCAGCUCCUGCCUUCCACCCUUCUCCCGGUGCCCUGCCGACCCUCGCUGGGUUUGUCCCGUUCCCGGGACAGGGGCCAGCGGACCGCGGGGGAGAAGGUGGGUGCUGCAGCCCCCCCCCCCGCGGGCUGCGCUGCAGGGGUGUCCCCGAGGAGGCGGAUGCUUGCGGGGCUGGUGAGUCACGGUGCCCCGGGGCCAGCCCGGGGCUCUGCGGGGCCCCCUCCCGGAGCGGCUCCCGCCCCCGCCGGGGCGCACGGUCUGGCGCUGCUGCCCGCUGAAGAAGGCGCCCAGGACUGACGGAGCGCUCUAGGUCCCGGGCCACAGGCCGGUGCUGUGCAUUGGUGGAGACUAGCCCUUGGGAUCGCCGCAGCCCCGAACCGGCCUUCGCUCCCCCCGCCCCUAGGAGUCCUUCUUGCCCAACUUUAUCAAAUACAUGUGGGGCUGGUAAACUCAAGACCUUCAUCUCCAGCUAUACACAGGCAUCUAACCAAUGAUCUUCUAUGCAAAGAGCGCCGCAGGCUCAGAGAGCUGCAUCGUGACUUUUCCAUCAUGUCAGAACCUAUAACGCUCAACGUUGGAGGAAAACUGUACACCACUUCCCUGUCUACCCUGACUAGUUUUCCAGACUCCAUGCUGGGCGCCAUGUUCAGUGGAAAGAUGCCAACCAAGAGGGAUAGCCAAGGCAACUGCUUCAUUGACAGAGAUGGCAAAGUAUUCCGCUACAUCCUGAACUUCUUGAGAACUUCCCACCUGGACCUCCCUGAGGACUUCCAGGAAAUGGGCUUGCUGCGACGGGAGGCAGAUUUUUAUCAGGUCCAGCCGCUGAUUGAAGCAUUGCAAGAGAAGGAGGUGGAGCUCUCCAAAGCUGAGAAGAACGCCAUGCUCAACAUCACCUUGGAUCAGAGGACACAGACAGUUCACUUCACUGUUCGGGAAGCGCCCCAGAUCUACAGCCUGUCUUCCUCCAACAUGGAAGUAUUUAGUGCCCACAUAUUCAGCACAUCAUCUCUGUUCUUGAAGCUCCUGGGUUCCAGACUUUACUAUUGCUUCAAUGGCAACCUGUCUUCAAUAUCCAGCUACCUGCAGGACCCCAACCACUUGACCUUGGAUUGGGUCGCGACUGUGGAAGGCCUGCCAGAAGAGGAGUACACUAGACAGAAUUUAAAGAGACUUUGGGUGGUGCCAGCUAAUAAGCAAAUUAAUAGCUUCCAGGUGUGGCCCGCCGCAGGUACCAGUGGCCGCGAUUUGCCAUUCCCAGCCAAUGGGAGCUGCGGGAAGCGGCAGGCCACUGGGAUGUGUCUUUCUGAACAAGGUUGUCACACUCAAGCACUGACUACACUGGCAAACCUCUGGAUAUCACCUAUCAGCUGUCAUCUGUAAUGAGACAGAGGAAGAAUACAGUGGUCUGUAAGGUAUCCAAUAACUAGCAUCCAUACCUGCAUUUUUACUGUCUCCAGAAGCUUUUAAAUCAGGUCUGAGUUUCUACAAAAUUUAGCCUUAUCCUAGUCCUUGCUUCCUAAAGUAGUAUUGUGCAGUACUGAACCAGUUUAUAUGUAACCAUUGCAUAGGCGUUGUAUUUUGUUACUGUUGUUAAAAUGUAUAAGACCUGUGCAACUUUACCACCCCAAGCUGCAAUGGCUGUAGAUGGUAGAAACCUAGAUACUGCAGCAAGUGGUGUUACACAUCAAGCCACCAACACCCCUCCCUCUGAAUCAAUGCUGUACCAAUGCAUCUGUGUGAUAGGGGAGGCACCAUGCUGUUGGAGAUGCUGCCUUUUUGGAUGAAAUGUAAAAUUGAAGUCCUGACCCUUUAUAGCCAUUAAAAAUCAUCUGGAAACUUUCAUAAGAUUGAGGAUUUUAAUCCUGAUCUCCUGGCCAAGGUCCAACAUGAAAAAUUAUGUUCUUCCCAUUUAAAAUCCCUUUGCCGUUUCAAAUGGAUCAAGUAGCAUUCUUCCCUCCCUGUCCGAAACUGCUGUGCGGUGUUAAACAACUGCCAUAUUCCACACCAGAGGUAGCUGCAUGUCAGUGGUGAAGCAAAGUGAUUCCUGUGAGAAUCUAGCUUCUACAAAGAGUUUUUAGUUAAAUUGGAUGCUAACGUGUUAUACAGUACUAAUCAUUUUACAUCCUCUGAAUAGUCUGACCUGCAAGAUCUCAGAAGCAGCCUGCUCUAACCAAAUCUGUGCCAUAAAGCAAAUAAAAUUCCCUUGGAAGUAGUGCUCAUAGAGUUUCUGAGGAGGUUUUUAUCCUAUCCUCUAACCACAGAAUUUCAAUUAUACCUGCUAUGCAGACACCAUUUUCAUAUGUCAGGAGAAAAGGAAUAUUAAUCUGUAGUAAUUUAUUUUUCUGUACAUUUUUAGUUCAACAAGCCUUGAAAGGUGUAACUCUACAGAAAUCUAUGAAGCCCUGCUCAUUUACACCAGCUCAGACUCGCCCAAUAUUUCCAACUUCUAUUUCAUCAAAAGAAACAAACACUUCAAAUUCAUAUUACCGUAAUUCCCUAGUUAGCAGGAAAAACUAGACAGGUACCAGUAACGUUACUGCACAGAUACCUACCAGCGAAGGAAACUAGAAAAGCUGGGAACGCCAAGCCACUACUGCUAUAACGUAGUGGGAUUGCAGAGAAAUGGCCACACCCAGGUUUGAUGAAGAAGAGAUCUAGGGCUUCAUUUCAUUCUAAUCACACCACAGCCUUUAAUGCAGAAGUUUUCAAAUUGUGGGGCAUAUCCCCCUGGGGGGCAUGGUGGAACAUUCAGUGGGGCUUGGGCCAGCACCGGGGGGGAUCGAGGAGGGAGUGCCACCUCCACCCCCUGACUCAUCCCAGCCAGCCUGUGGGUCAGCAUCAACAUCUGCACACCCAGUGCUGGCUCUGCCCCCAAGACCAUCGCGUGCACCUUUCUCCACCCCAAGGAGGGAGGGGCACGUAGUGGGGUGGACUAAAAAUUGUAACUCAAAGUGGAGGCUCAGCUCAAAACGUUUGAAAACCGCUGCUUUUAUGUCUUGCAGUCUCUCUCGUGGCUGUAUGUACACAUUGAAAAGGAGUGCUAUGUGGUGCUUUGUCCAUAAGAAGCUGCAGAGAGGAAGCAUAUUUAUAGAACAGAACCCUCUUCCCCUCUGAGAGGAAGGGUUUAGAUGUGUUACAAGACUGCUCCUGCCUGAUCUUGCAGAUGACUCAAUAAAACAUCAAUCCUGAA